UAUGUUAAAACCAGUGGUUCUGGUUGCACUGUAUCAAGCAAGCCUACAAUCACUAAAGUAAAACUAUCAAAAGAAUCGCUGGAUCAAUUUAUGACAUUUUUACUUGAUAAAAAUAAUGCAACACCAAGUUCAUAUAAAGUAAAUGAAGCAAUAAAUGCAGCAAAAGGACUUCAAGGAACAUUUAUUGCAAACCUUAACCCUAGUGAAACACCAAAUCCAUUCUAG